AUGCCUGAGUCCCUAUCAAAAUACGUCGAAAAUAGACAGUGCAAUUUUUUGAAGAGAAAGAAUUCUGCCCAGAAUGCUGAGCAGGAUGAAACAGGCGUAAACGAGAAUGCUGUUGAAGACUUUGACACCAAAUAUGCCGAGUUUGUGGGGCGUGUUCUGCCGGGUUUCGAAGUCUACUACUCCAGAGAGCCGAACCAGGUCCAUGGUAAGGUUGAAAACAGGGCAGGCGUUUUUACGGAGAAGCAGAAUCGAGGGCUCGUAAUCGUGCCAACAGCUCUGCAUAAACCUACACGUGUUCCUCAUCGGGCUCAAAAAAGGCGCUUUCUGGAACCUGAACCAGCAAUCAACGAUGACUAUCUUUUCCCAGAUUCAGUGACUCCAACAAAGGUGGAGAAAUCCUUGAGUGCCAGUGAGAAGAGUAUGGGAGAUAAGGAGAACCGGUAUGAUGUACCCUUUAUGGACGAUGAUGCCUUUCUGCCGAGGAGACUGCGCUCACAGUCACACGUUACGCCAGGCACCGAUGAUGAGACCUCAAGUGAGCUGGGUUACAGUUACGGCUACUAUGAGGGACGCUGCAUGAAAUCGGACCAUCUUGCCAACGUGGACGAUGAGAAAUCAAGUCAAGGUAAGUUAGUAUUCUUAGCCGAUUCAAAGUAACUUGUACCACUUGCAUGAUGCUCCCAUGUAGUUUCUAAAGCGGCUGUUUCUUAAACAUUUUACCAAUUUCAUCAGCUAAUUUUGGUUUCAGCUGCAGUAUCAUGGUAACACGUAGGGCAUGACGCAAUCACGCCAAUGUUAUGUACAUCAGUGAAUUCCGUUUGUUGGGAACUGUGCAAUAAACCGCUGAAAGUGUGUUUACGUGGAUUUCUCGGUCUGACAUCAAAAAGCACAUAAAGUUUCGUUUUUGUUUCUAGAGUUUGGUCUUUAAGAGUUCAUCUUCUGUCCAU